GCGUCUAGCGGCUGCUAAGCUGUAGUUGGAUAAACCAGACGACGUUGACAGUCCUUGGGAUAUGACUGUGCUUUUGUAGUGCGGUGCUAACUUUAGCCACGCCGUUAGCAGGUUUGAGGUUUUUGGAUUUAUCUAGAGGACAGCAAUUCUUGUAAUAACUCAUUCUGCUGAUUGACUGAAGCGCUCUUACGCGUUUUUAUUCUUCUCGAUCGGAAAUGAUACUUGUUAUGCUUUAUCGGAAAGUGAGCUAACACAACUUGAGCUAAAUGGCUACUUAGCGUGUCGGGAACUUGUGAAUUUCAUAACUUAGUCAUCGUGGGCCAUAACAAUCCAGCAAGAGGACGAAGAAGGUGGUUAGCUUCAAAUUGAAGAACAGUUCAGACGACACCAAGAGCCAAACUUUAGCGAAGUACAGUUUGUUAGCAUCUUAGAGCUAGCAAUUUUAGGAUUUAAUAAUAUGAAAACGGCACAGUGCGAUACAUUGGGAUUUCUACCUCAAAAGGACAUUGUAUACAACAAACUUCUCCCGUAUGCGGAUAGGCUAGAUGAAGAGUCCAAUGAUGUUUUGAGCAAAAUUAAAGGUAAUUUGGCCCGAGCCGUACAGCUCCGAGAAAUAUGGCCCGGUGUACUGUUCUGGACAAGGAAACUUUCCACGUAUAUGCGUCUGUAUGGUCGGAAAUUCAGCAAAGAAGACCAUGUACUUUUUAUCAAGUUGCUCUACGAGCUAGUAACGAUCCCCAAACUGGAGAUCAGUAUGAUGCAAGGGUUUUCUCGUCUUCUCAUCAACCUCUUAAAGAAAAAAGAACUGUUGUCGCGGGAGGACCUAGAAUUACCAUGGAGACCCCUGUACGAGCUACAUGACAGGAUCCUGUAUUCAAAGACUGAACAUCUGGGUCUCAACUGGUUUCCCAACUCUCCUCGACCUCGUACAUCCUCUAAAAACAUAAUGCUAAAAUUGUUUCGGAGGUGCUCUGUGGAAAAUGUGAUCAGAGCACUGGUGAAAAACUGCAGGCCAUAUUUUUCGGACUCUGCGACUCAAGAGAUGUUGGAUGAGUGGAGACCUCUUUUAUGCCCAUUUGAUGUCACAAUGCAAAGAGCAAUCAGUUACUUUGAGCUCUUUCUGCCCACAACUCUACCUCCAGAGCUGCAUGACAAGGGUUUCAAGUUGUGGUUUGAGGAAAUGCUGAGUUUAUGGGUGUCUGUUCAGAACCUUCCGAGCUGGGAAGUGCAUUUGGUUAGUCUCUUUGCUCGUCUGGCUAAUGAUAACAUUGGCUACAUUGACUGGACUCCCUAUAUCCCCAAGAUUUUUACAAGAAUAUUAAGAAGUUUGAAUCUCCCUGUUGGUACCAGUCAGAUGAUGGUUCCAAGAUACAUCACCAAUGCAUAUGAUAUCAACCAUGCUGUUUUGUGGGUUUCUGCCUUAUUGGGUGGACCCGACAAAGAGGCACAAGCUCAGCUCAGUGGCCUUUUCAAAAGCAUUACAUCUUUCUUUCAUCCUUCAAACCAUGGUCGGUGGUUGAUGAAGCUGAUGAAGCUGCUCCACAGACUCCCUGCUAGUGUCGUGCGCCGGCUGCACAGGGAGCGCUACAGAAAGCCCACCUGGCUCACCCCGGUCCCCGACAGUCACAAACUCACAGAGCAGGACAUCACAGAGUUUGUGAAUAGCAUGAUGGAGCCCGUUUUACUUGCUAUGUUCAGUAAAACAGGCAGCCUUGAUGCAGCCAAAGCUCUGCAAAACCUGGCUCUGAUGCGACCCGAGUUAGUCAUUCCACCAGUGCUGGAAAAGACCUAUCCCGCUCUGGAGACGCUUACAGAGCCACAUCAGCUCACAGCCACUCUGAGCUGCAUGAUCGGGGUGGCUCGCAGCCUAGUGUCCGGGGGCCGCUUCUUUCCCGAGGGUCCCACUCACAUGCUGCCCCUACUCAUGAGGGCUCUGCCUGGAGUGGAUCCAAACGACUUUAGCAAGUGCAUGAUCACAUUCCAGUUUAUUGCUACAUUUGUGACCUUGGUGCCUUUAGUUGACUGCUCCUUUGCUCUACAUGAAAGAACAGACUUGACAGAGAUUGAGCGUGAGAUGUGCUCGGCCUCUGCUGAAUUUGAAGAUUUUGUCCUUCAGUUCAUGGACAGAUGCUUUGCCCUAAUAGACAGCAGCACUCUGGAACAAACCCGAGAAGAAACGGAGACAGAAAAAAUGACUCACCUGGAAAGUCUGGUGGAACUUGGCCUGUCGUCAACAUUUAGCACAAUCCUGACACAGUGCUCAUUGGACAUCUUUAAGGUGGCUCUGGAGAAGGUGUUUAACUUUGCAACCACUAACAUCUUUGAAACACGUGUAGCUGGGAGGAUGGUCGCUGACAUGUGCAGAGCUGCAUCCAAAUGUCAUCCAGCUGAGGCUCUCAAGGUUUUUGUGCCACACUGUUGCAAUGCCAUCAAUCAAAUCGCAGUCCAUGAGGAAGUGCUUAAUGAGGAAGAGCUCGACAAAGAGUUACUCUGGAAUCUACAGCUUUUGUCUGAGGUGACCAGAGUAGAUGGAGACAAAGUUUUGCCCUAUCGUUCUGAGUUGGUACAGAUUUUGCAGCUGACACUCCACCUCAAGUGUAAGCAGGGCUAUACACUCGCAUGCAAUCUGCUGCACCACAUUCUCCGCUGCACAGCUCUUAUCUAUCCCACUGAGUACUGCAGUGUGCCCGGAGGCUUUCACCAACCCAUCAGUGACUACCUGCCUAUAAAGGAUUGGGGUCGUCCUGGGGAUCUGUGGAAGCUGGACAUUCGGUGGCAUGUGCCCAGCGUUGAGGAGACUUCCUUUGCUUUUUACCUUCUGGACCUUAUUCUCCAGCCUGAACUUCAACGCCUUCAGAGAUUUGCCCAAGGAGAACAGGACUUAAGCAGAGAUGAUAUUCUACAGAGCCUCACCAUUAUCCAGCAUUGCCUCUUAGGCGCAGGAAGUCUCAUGCCGCCUUUAAAAGGAGAGCCCAUCCCUGACUUGGUCCAGAGUAUGGUGAACCUAAAUGAAACCACCUUUUAUACAGGGAUGGAGUAUGAUCACUCCAGAGAGAACUACAGAGAUGCAAUCUGCCGAGUGAUGAGAAAGUUGCUGCAUUACAUUCUGGAGCACACAGAGGAUGACACCAAGUCCCUCUUCUCCAUCAUCAAGAUCAUCAGUGACCUAUUGCACUUUAAAGGUUCACACAAGCACGAGUUUGAUUCCCGUUGGAAAAGUUUCAACCUUGUCAAGAAAUCAAUGGAAAAUAGACUCCAUGGCAGAAAGCAGCACAUCAGAGCUCUGCUAAUAGACAGAGUUAUGCUUCAGCAUGAGUUGCGAAAACUGACAGUGGAAGGUUGUCAGUACAGAAGUAUUCACCAGGACCUGAUGAAAGAUCUGUUAAGGCUUUCCACAAGCACCUAUAGCCAAGUCCGAAACAGAGCUCAAACUGUGUUGUUCACUGCACUGGGGACCUAUAACUUCUGCUGCAGAGAUCUGAUUCCUCAUGUUUUGCAAUUUCUCAACCCAGACAACAGCAGUGUUACCCAGCAGCAGUUCAAAGGUGCCCUGUACUGCUUUCUUGGGAAUCACAAUGGUGUGUGCCUGGCCAAUCUGCAUGACUGGGAUUGUAUUUCAUUGACAUGGCCUGCUAUUGUGCGGUCUGGCCUUAGCUCUGCUAUGUCCCUUGAAAAGCCUUCAAUCGUGCGCUUGUUUGAUGACCUUGCAGAUAAAAUCCAUCGUCAAUAUGAAACUAUUGGCAUCGACUUUGCUAUUCCCUCUGAGUGCUGUGCUGUGGCCAAGCAGCUUAUGGUCACUGCAGCCCCUGUGCCCUCUGAGCCUAUUCCCACAGAUGAGAAUGUAGCCGAAGGUUUGCAAAGACAAGAACAGAAGAACACUGAGUCUGUGCAGAAAUAUAAUCAGCUGAUUGUUGACCUGCUGGACAACUUGAGCAACAGAAACUUGCCCUGGAAAUUUGAACACAUUGCAAUUGGCUUUUUGUCACUGUUACUGAGAGAUGACCAACAACUCCCACCAGCUGCUAUCACUUUUUUUGUUAAAAGUCUCAAUCAUGACUCGCUGUAUGUUCGGAAGGUGGCAAUAUCAGCUGUGGCAGGAAUCAUGAAGCAGAUUAAGAGACCACAUAAGAAAGUCUCAGUCACUCCAUCUAAGCUUUGUGAGAUCAAGGAUACUAGCAAUAUUGUAGCAGGUGACCGGGCAGACAACAAGUGGCUUCAGUAUGACAGCAGCAGUUUGCCGGUCACACAGGAGUCCUGGGACAAGUGUGUGUUUGUGGAAAAGACUCACUGGGGAUACUACUGCUGGCCAAAGGAGCUGACAAUGUAUGCACCGUCAGAAGAGCAGCCCAAACAAAACCUUACUAGAGACGAAAUGACCGAGCGAGAACAGAUUAUAUAUGACCAUUUCACAGACCCUGCCUUCAUCAGCCAGUUCAUUGAGUUUCUGUCUCUGGAAGACCGAAAGGGCAAAGACACAUUCAGCCCACGACGAUUUUGUUUGUUCAAAGGUUUAUUCCGCAACUUUCAUGAUGCCUUUCUGCCAUUGCUGCAGCCGCACAUGGAGCGCCUUGUUGCAGACUCCCAUGAGAGCAAACAGCGCUGCGUGGCAGAGAUCAUUUCUGGUUUGAUCAGAGGCUGCAAACACUGGAGCUAUCCAAAGGUUGAGAAACUCUGGACAAUGUUGUGUCCUUUACUACGCACUGCUCUGUCAAAUAUCACAAUAGAAACCUAUGCAGACUGGGGCACUUGCAUCGCUACAGCUUGUGAGAGCAGAGACCCACGAAAACUGCACUGGCUCUUCGAGAUGCUCAUGGAGUCUCCUGUGAAUGGAGAGGGGGGGUCCUUUGUGGAUGCCUGUCGCCUGUAUGUGCUGCAAGGAGGACUUGCUCAACAGGAGUGGCGUGUUCCUGAGCUCCUACACAGAUUGCUGCAAUAUUUAGAGCCCAAACUUACACAAGUCUACAAAAAUGUGCGAGAAAGAAUUGGCAGUGUCCUCACUUACAUCUUUAUGAUUGAUGUGAAUCUACCAUUCACCAAGCCAACCAUGUCUCCACGCAUCUGUGAUUUUACUGAGCGAGUUUUGUUGCGACUGAAGCCUCUGACUGAAGGUGAUGAAGAAAUACAAAAUCAUGUGAUUGAAGAGAAUGAGGUGGGGGAACAAGAUGAGAGGACCCAAGCGAUAAAACUCUUAAAAACAGUAUUGAAAUGGCUGAAGGCGAGUGCUGGGCGGUCAUUCUCCACUGCUAUUACAGAGCAGUUACGAUUCCUUCCUUUGCUCUUCAAGAUUGCUCCAGUUGAGAAUGAUGACAGUUAUGAUGAGCUAAAACGUGAUGCAAAGACAUGCCUUUCUCUAAUGUCUCAGGGGCUGCUCUACACAGAGCAGGUCCCCAUGGUUCUAGAGGUGCUGCGGGAGAUUGCUGGCAGUAAUUCCUGGCAUGCUCGAUACACUGUGCUGACAUAUCUUCAGAUAAUGGUUUUCUAUAACCUGUUCACUGUCAUGAGCGACGAGGAGAUUGUGAACAGUAUCCGGGGACUGGUGAUCAAACUUCUGGAGGAUGAACAACUAGAGGUUAGAGAAAUGGCUGCGACUACACUCAGUGGCUUUCUACAGUGCAAUUUUCUAUCAAUGGAUGGCCCAAUGCAAGCUCAUUUUGAAGCUCUCUGCAAGACACGAUUGCCAAAAAAGAGGAAGAGGGAGCUUGGUGCUAUGGUGGACCCUAUACCUUCAGCUGAUCUGGUACGACGCCAUGCUGGUGUCCUUGGACUGAGUGCAUGUAUACUCUCCAGCCCGUAUGAUGUCCCCACCUGGAUGCCUCAGCUGCUAAUGGACUUGAGUGCUCACCUGAAUGAUACCCAACCUAUAGAGAUGACUGUGAAGAAAACCCUCUCAAACUUCAGGCGAACGCACCAUGACAACUGGCAACAGCAUAAGCAGCAGUUCACCGACGAUCAGCUCCUUGUCCUGACUGACCUGCUUGUGUCCCCCUGUUAUUAUGCUUAAUACCAGCGCCAUACAGACAGCCCUGUGAUGUAUCUGGGAGCGGGGAAUCAUCCGGAAAAAUAAUUAAAAAACAGUACUGAAAUGUGACACAUGGACUGAACAGCUUGUUGAUUUGUAUGUAUCUAGUUCAUUUACAUUUCUACUAUACUUAAUAUUUAAGGAUUAAUCAUUGCAGGUGUGAAAGACCUGCAGCUUGUAAUAUUAUUGUACAGUGUUUUCCUCCUUUUUAUCUUGUGUGCAUGUGCACAAAGGAGUGUGUGUGCAUUCUGGAGAUGCUUGAAGACAUCUGCCGGUGUCCCACACAUUUCUCAGGAUUGUAUCCAACUCUGAGCCAACACAAUGUCCAGUGAAGGACAUCCUCUUUACUUCCAAUAGUGAACCUGCACACAAUGUUUGUGUGUCUGUUUGAUCUAUACAUACAUAUGUAGGCAUAUGUCAUGCUAUAGCAAAUAUGCACAAACAUAUUUAUUAUUUAUUUUACUUUUUGAAGUGCUAAAGAUUUUUUCUGAAACUAUGUAGUUGAUGUACUGUUCAAAUCAUUUAGACUACUUUCAUGUACUUUUUGCGAUGAAGGGAGAGGACAUGCUCCCCUCUGCUGUGCUGUGUGAUGUUUGCAGUGAGAAGCACAGAUCUAUAACCAUUAUGUGUCUCGGUGCAAAAACGUAACCAAAAUGCCUGUUCCUGAGUUCUAUGGAGUAUGAAUAUUUUUUCUAAAAACUCUGACAAUAAACUGUGUUGGUUUGUUUUCCCAGAUAACUUGAAACAGUCUGAACAUAGAUGAAUUUAGGACCUCACUUAUGUAUAGCAUAGUGCCAAAUCUGCAGUGACUUUUUUUAGAUGGAAUGUUUGCUCAUUAAAUGUUAUAAUAAAGUUUGUAUCAAGCUUUA